AAAGCGUUGUCGUUGCCACCUUGCACCUAUUCACGAGUGAUCCUCAAGGCAGUCACUGUCACUCGCGCAGUCGUAUCCGCGACCGCGACUCGUGCGCAUGUAAUCGAUUAUUCCGACGAAAUGUCGAAUCGAUAAAACAAUCGAUAACCAUUGAGACGAUCGUUUAAUUGUACCAGUGAAAUAGAGUAAUAUUAGUUUUUAUUUAUUAAUUUAUUCGAGAUUUUAUCGAUAUAUCGAGUUGUCUGGACGAGUUGUGAUUUGUAAGCUGUGAAGUGAAUGGUGUCCUUAUAUAAGAUGCGAGAACUCCUGAUCUUGUUGGCGGCCGCGGCCGGGCUGGCCAGCGCAGACCUGCCGCAGACCUGCACCAAACCCGUCUACUGCAACAGCAACCUGCUCCAUCAAAUCCAAAUGGCGAGGCUCUACAACGACUCCAAGACCUUCGUAGAUCUUCAAAUGAACUUCGAUGAAAAUAAAACUUUGACCGACUUCGAAACCUUUUUCAACCUUCAUAACAAAAACCCGACCAAGGAACAGUUAAUGGAAUUCGUCAAUGAAUACUUUUCCAACGACAACGAACUGGAGCCUUGGCAGCCAAAAGACUUCAGUGACAAUCCAGCAUUUCUUGCUAAAAUAAAGGACGAUGCGUUGAGAGAGUUUGGCAAAGGCAUCAAUAAUAUUUGGCCUCUUUUGGCUCGGAGAGUUAAAGCAGAGGUGUUCCAGAAGCCCGAUCAGUUUAGUUUAGUACCCCUGACUCAUGGAUUCAUAAUACCCGGUGGCCGAUUCAAGGAAAUCUAUUACUGGGACACUUUCUGGAUCAUUGAAGGUCUUUUGAUAAGUGGAAUGCAAGAAACCGCUAAAGGAAUGAUUGAAAACCUCAUUGAAUUAUUGAAUUUAUUCGGCCACAUCCCUAAUGGUAGCAGAUGGUAUUAUCAGCAACGUAGUCAACCUCCUAUGUUAAAUGCCAUGGUGGCUACUUACUACAUGUAUACCAAAGAUCUCGAAUUCCUCAGAAAUAACAUCGCAUACUUAGAAAAAGAAUUGGACUUCUGGAUGGAUAAUAGAGUGGUAUCAGUUAACAGAGGAGGUAAAAAUUAUACGCUUCUUAGAUACUACGCCCCAAGCAAAGGCCCUAGACCCGAAUCGUAUUAUGAGGACUACAGCAACACUGAAGGUUUUUCGGAAGAAGACAGCACCAAUUUCUACAUCGACAUCAAAAGUGCUGCUGAGAGCGGGUGGGACUUCUCAACGCGUUGGUUCCUCAUGCCAGACGGUAGUAACAAUGGCACUUUAACUGAUCUGCACACGCGGUACAUCAUACCCGUUGACUUAAAUGCCAUCUUCGCCGGAGCUGCCCAGUACGUGUCAAACUUCCACGCCCUCUUAAAGAACCCGCAAAAAGCUGCUAGGUACGGACAGCUAGCACAAACCUGGAGAGACAACAUUCAGGCAGUGCUGUGGAACGAUCAAGAUGCGAUGUGGUACGACUUCAAUAUUAGGGACAAUUUACAUCGCAGAUACUACUACUCGUCUAACGCUGCGCCGCUAUGGCAGAAUGCCGUUAAUCCAGAUUUUCUGAAACUCAAUGCUGACAGGAUUUUGAAAGCUAUCACUGAAUCCGGAGGUGUAGACUUCCCCGGAGGUGUACCCACGUCGCUCAUCAGGAGUGGAGAGCAGUGGGACUUCCCCAAUGUGUGGCCUCCAGAGGUGAGCAUCGAAGUCGCUGCUAUUGAGAAUAUCGGGACGCCUGAGGCUAUUACUUUGGCGCAGGAAGUAGCACAAACUUUCGUGAGGUCUUGUCACUGGGGCUUCCAGAAGUACAAGCAGAUGUUUGAGAAGUACGAUGCGGAGACGCCCGGCAGGUUCGGCGGUGGCGGUGAAUAUAAUGUGCAGUUCGGUUUUGGUUGGAGUAACGGCGUCGUACUGGAAUUUCUAAAUAAAUAUGGGUCUCAGCUAACAGCCGACGACUCUAACAAUACGAAUAAUAUACGCUGUGCACUUACACACUGCGGAUAUCGCGCGCUUCCCAUCACAAUCGAGUUAACGUCAGGCGGAAAUUGUGAUAGUGAGUGUGUAGUCAUGUUCAAGAUGUAUUCGCCGCGGUAUGUGCCGCUGUACCCGGUGCUCGGCCUGCUGGGUGCGUGCGCGCAGGCGAUCAAUAUCGUCUCCGUCUGCAAUUCUUCCAUUUACUGCGGCGGGGAUCUCCUCCGGACUGUGCAGCUCGCUAGAAUAUUUCCCGACUCGAAGACUUUCGUUGAUCUAAGACUUGCAAACAGCGAAAUUGAAACUUUGGCCAAUUUUACAUAUUUUAUGAAGAAAACAGACAAUAAACCGUCUCGAGAACAAAUUAGGUCAUUUGUAGAUGCUAAUUUUAUCGAUGGAGAUGAGCUUUUUAGCUGGAACCCGCCUGAUUUUGACCCUAACCCACCAGUUCUUAAUGAGAUAGCUGAUCCGAAACUGAGACAAUUCGCGAAGGAUAUCAUCAGUAUAUGGCCAGGACUCGGCAGGAAAGUGUCGCCAGAUGUUCAUCGUAACUCUGAACAAUACAGUUUUAUCUACGUGCCUAACGGAUUCAUUGUUCCUGGUGGGAGGUUCAAAGAAUUAUAUUACUGGGACUCGUACUGGAUCAUACGUGGCCUUCUGAUUAGUAAUAUGACGCAGACUGCAAAGGGAAUGAUUGAAAACUUCAUUUAUUUAGUUGAUAAACUAGGAUAUAUUCCGAACGGCAGUAGAAUUUAUUAUUUGGGACGAAGUCAACCGCCUCUACUUACCCUGAUGUUGUAUGACUAUUUCAAGGCUUCAGGUGAUGUCGCAUGGCUCAAGCAGAACAUAGCCACUGUAGAAAGGGAGCUGUAUUUUUGGUUGGAGAAGAAGAAAUUAACAGUUGACGUAAAGGGCAAACAAUAUAGAUUAUUACGCUACAUGUCCGAUGAAGACGACACUGGUCCACGUCCCGAGUCAUAUUACGAAGAUUAUGCAAGCAGCCGAGUACUAUCUGAAGAUAGGCGUGAGGAUUUUUAUAGGGAGAUGAGGAGCGCGGCGGAAAGUGGCUGGGACUUCUCGUCAAGGUGGUUUGUCAACGCAGAAAAUGUGACUACUGAUAACUUGACCGACGUUCACGCCUCGCGUAUCCUACCGGUUGAUCUGAACUCUAUGUUUGCUGGAGCCUUACAAAUGGUAGGUGACCUUAGAAAUGAGCUGAAUGAUAGACGAGAUGCACUGAAGUGGUGGGGUUUAGCGAAGUACUGGCGGGUUGCAAUCGAUAAUGUUUUAUGGGACCCAAAAGACGGUGCAUGGUAUGACUACGACACUAAGGCAAAAUCCCGAAAGAGACACUUCUACCCCAGCUGUGCCACACCGCUCUGGGCAGAUGCUGUGGAGCCUACAACUGCACCCGUUUAUGCUUCGCGAUUGGUGCGAUAUUUAAUUAAAACCAGCGCGUUGAACUUCCCCGGCGGCAUACCCACUUCGCUGUUGAAUACAGGUGAACAGUGGGACUUUCCGAAUACCUGGCCUCCACUCCAGAGCAUUAUGAUCGGUGGCCUGGAGAGAAGCGGUUACGAAGAAGCGAGAAAGUUGGCAAGGGAACAAGUUAAAAUUUGGAUUCGUGCGAAUUACAUCGGCUAUACCAAGUAUCGGAAAAUGUUUGAGAAGUACAGCUGUGUACAGCCAGGAGAGAAUGGAAGUGGUGGAGAGUAUAUAGUUCAGUCUGGCUUCGGAUGGACCAACGGAAUUGUUUUGGAACUUUUACAGAGAUAUGGAAAGGAGUUGGUACUCGAUGAAAAUGGUGAAGACGACUAUCCUACCGUACGAAUGGUGUAGUGGAUAUGCUAUUUAGACCUGUUUGAUUAUGAA